GCAUCAGGAUGGGUUGAGCUUCAGCCUCUCUAAAAAGGGUGAUUCACCACGGAGAGCAAAGAGGAGGCCACCAGGCUCAGGUGUGAUAAAGAUGUGGACGUGUAGGAAGAGAGUGAGAGACACCUGAGAGAGACACAGGAGACACAGGGAAGGAGUACCAGUCUCCCACAGGAUCUGAUACGGACUUAAACAUUGAUUCAAUACUCUGAAUAAGUUUGUAGUAUCAGUUGUGUUUUAGUUUUCCAAAAACAUGGCAGCUACCUGGAGAUUUGCACUUUUCUUCUGCAUGUGCCUGAUAGUGUCAAGAUGCCCGAGCGAGGCCAAUUCAGACACGGGACAUGACAGUGCAGACACUCGACAUGCAUCUAUCCCAAGCUCAGACUCUGGACAUGUGCAGCCUGGAAACGAGGGAGGUGAUCAUUCAAAGCCCAUCACCACUCUUCCUAUUGUGAGCUGGAAGUGGCCCCAUGUGUCUGAACCGUACAUAGUGGCCCUCUGGAUCCUGGUCUGCUGGAUCUGCAAACUCAUCAUCGAGGCCAGCCACCGUAUCACCAUCGUGAUCCCGGAGAGCGCCCUGCUCAUCUGCUUCGGCUUCAUUUUUGGCGGGGUGAUUUGGGCUGCAGACCACUAUCAGGAAUUCACGCUGACCCCGACGGUGUUCUUCUUCUACAUGUUGCCUCCAGUCAUCCUGGACGCGGGAUACUCCAUGCCCAAAAAGCUCUUCUUCAGCAACAUCGGGGCCAUCCUGGUCUACGCCGUCAUCGGGACCUGCUGGAACGCCGCCACUUUGGGGCUGUCGCUGUGGGGGUGUCACAUGGCAGGGGCCAUGGGUGACCUGGACAUCGGGCUGCUGGAGUAUCUUCUCUUUGGCAGUCUGAUUGCUGCCGUCGACCCCGUAGCAGUCAUCGCUGUGUUUGAGCAGGUCCAAGUCAAUGAGGUUCUGUUCAUUCUGGUGUUUGGGGAGUCGCUGCUCAACGACGGUGUGACAGUGGUGCUGUUUAAUGUAUGCGAUGCCUUUGUGUCGCUGGGAGGAUCUGGGAUUGACGCUGUGGAGAUCAUUAAAGGAAUAGUUUCCUUCUUUGUGGUGGCGUUUGGCGGGUCUCUUGUGGGCUUGGUGUUUGGCCUGCUGAUCUCUCUCGUGACCAGAUGCACCAAAAACAUUCAAAUCAUCGAGGCGGGCUUCGUCUUUGUCUUGGGUUAUCUCUCCUACCUGACAGCUGAGAUGCUCUCCCUGUCCGCCAUCCUGUCGAUUGUCUUCUGUGGUAUGUCCUGCAAGAAGUACAUCAAUGCAAACAUGGAGGAGCAGUCUGUCACCAUAGUCAGACUUGUCAUGAAGCUCUUAGCCAACGGAGCAGAAACGAUCAUCUUUGUGUUCAUUGGCAUCUCCGCCAUCGAUAAAGUGAUCUGGGUGUGGAACACAGGCUUCAUCCUCCUCACGCUGUUCUUCAUUUUUGUGUACAGAUUCAUCGGUGUCUUCUUCCUCACCUGGAUCCUUAACAAGUUCAGGCUGGUCCCCAUUGGGCUCAUUGAUCAGGUGAUUAUGAGCUACGGUGGCCUGCGAGGGGCUGUUGCAUUCGGCUUGGCCACCUUGCUGGAUGAGAAAAAGAUAAAGGAGAAGAAUCUGAUGGUCUGCACUACUCUCAUUGUUGUGUACUUCACUGUCAUUAUUCAGGGAAUAACAAUGAAACCUUUGGUCAACUGGCUUAAAGUGAAGAAAGCUGCAGUGGCUGAGGUCGCGCUCGUCGAAAAAAUGCAGGACAAGGUAUUUGAUCACCUGCUUGUUGCCAUAGAAGACAUAUCUGGACAAAAAGGACACAACUACUUGAAGGACAAGUGGCAUCAUUUUGAGGAGAACUGGAUGUCCAGAGUUCUGAUGAAGCCGUCAGUGAGGAAGAAUCGCGACUACGUCUUCAACGUCUUCCAUCAGCUGAACCUCAAAGAUGCUAUGAGCUACGUGGCUGAGGGUGAACGUAGAGGCUCUCUGGAGUUUAUCCGCAAUGAAAGACCAUUCAUCAAUUUCAAGAAGAAGUUUGGCAAGGAGUUGUCAGAAAUCAUGCCUGACAUCACAGUUAACAUGUCUGACGAUCAGGGUGGAAUGUCCAAUCAGAGAGACCCUGUGCGGUCUGUGAGCCUAGAGAUGCACGAGCAGACAAUGGACGAUGUGAGGGAAUUAGAGGACAUCAGAACUCACCACCUGCUGCAGCAUCACCUUUACAAGGGCAGGAGACAGCACAGGCAUGGGUACAGCCGGACUCAUUUGGAUGUGAACAGAGAUGAAAACGAGGUGCAGGAGAUCUUACAGAGGACCAUGAGAAGCCGUAUUGAGUCUCUUCAGUCUUCAAGGAUGAGCACUCCUUCACCGAAGACGAUUACCAGGCACACAAAGAAAGACCAGCAGCAAAAGAUGUCAAAUGGGAAAUCAAUGGACAAAAGUAAAAGCUACUUCUCUGGUGAUGAAGAUUUUGAGUUCUCGGAGGGAGGCAACAUCUCAGGAAAUGAAACAUCAUUUCCUAUGAGGGUCACGUACAGAGCAGGAGCUGGCAUCGAGAAUCGAGGCUUCACGUCGGACCUGGACCGUAUGUCAGGGAUGCAGAUCCACCCUGACCCGUCGGAGGCUGAGCUGGACAGCGGCAUGGAGGCUCCAUCACAGCGAGCUCAGGUGAGGCUGUCGGUGCCGCCCAGCAAUCUGCGGCGCCUCGCUCCUCUUCGCCUCAGCACCUCCUCCACAAGCUCCUCCCUGAUGGCAGACACCCAGCAGCCUCAAUCUCCAAGUCUGCCUCCAUCCCCGCCCCCACCUCACAGAGACUGAGGUCACAUGUGGCAGCACCCUGCCCCUCCCUCUUCUCCCUGUUACCUGGCUGCUAAGGACACAGAACCUUACCUCGGACUUUGCUCUAUCUCAAAAUACUGACCGGGGAAUGUUUUCUUUUCCGUUUGAACUUGGUUAAGACCAAACAUUCAUGAUCCCACAACCUUUGCACUCUUGAGAAAAGCUUCUCCUGUGUCUCUAACUUCACACUUCACUGAGCAGAGGGAAGCAGCAUGUGAGCUGACACAUCCUGUGUGCACAGUAGCAUCUUAUUCACCAGCACAUGUUGAACAUUGUCUAAUAUAUUUACCUUGUGUUAUAUAUUGUAAUAUUUACCUCUGGUUCAGAGCAAACCUGUCAAAUAUUGUGAAGACGUCCCUCUGAAGUGUCUUAUUAUCCCUGAAAGUGAUCACAAACCUUUUAAAUAAUGUAAACAUUUAUCAAUUGUGCUGUUUAGAAAGAUAAUAAAUGUAGUUUAAGUGUUACAGAUAUUAUUCCAACUCUAUAACUUGAAAUAUCGAAGCUCGAAAGCAAAUCCAUCCAUACUAUUAAUUUACUCCAUUUUGAGUAAUUUCCUAUUGUUUCCUCGAGAUCUCUUCUCUAGUCUUGGGGUAACAAAGUUUGUUUCAGGGGAUUUUCGUGGUCCGGUCACUGUGAUAGACACGACCAUGACAUCCCAUUUCCCCCACUAAUGAAGUAAAUUAAGCUUCUGCAUUUAGUUUUGUGCUUUUGUGACCCUGGAGAUAAAAGAUAAAUACGCUGAGAUCUCAAGAAAACAACCAGAAAUGACCGGUAACCACAGGAAAACACAGUAAAUAAAAAAUGUAUGGAUAUAUAUCUGCAAAGGGCUUCUGUACUGAAUAUAACAGUUUUAGGUGUUUAUUAUUUGUCACUGAACAGAACCUACUGUUGAAUUUGAAACUUGAAGCAUAAGACCUUUGUAAAAAUAUCAAGUGUACAAUAAAGUUGAAAUUGUAUUUAUUAAAAAAUGAAGUCUG